AACAUCUUGGUUACCAGAACAUAUUCCGAAUGAUAUUCAAUUAGUUGAAGCAAUUAAAACAAAACUUCAUGAACUUAAACAAAUCAUAAUUGGUAAAUGA